CUUUAAGGAUCUGCCCUUCCACCUACCAACACAGCCUUCAUUCUUCAAAUCCCCAUUCGGGCCAUCAAAUACUAUCCACAAAGGCUUCCUUCGAUUUGUCGACAGCAUGGAGAACAUCAUUACGCAACCGUCAGAUUAUCCCGACUUCGACUGGCAGCCAGAAAACACAACCCUCCGCUCGCCCAUGCAGGCAAAAUCCAGCCUCAACACCUCCUACUCCCGCCCCACCCAGACCGCGCAUCCAAGCGACUUCUUGCGAUUCCGACAGCUAAGCGACUACGUGCCUCACUGGCCAGCCGAGCCAGGCAGCUUCCUGCCAUUCCACCAACCAACACGGCCACGCAGCUCCUUGCCAUCAUUCCGGCCGACAGCAGGAUACAUUCCCUCACGGCAAGCCACCUCCACACCCACCCCCUCGCUCCUCGCCAGCCCCGCGCCCAGGGACAAAACGCCCUACAUCGUUUUUGUUGUCGUGGCGGCGGUCGUCAUGUGGCUAGUGUUGCUGCUUACAUUCAACCGCGAUAAUCUAAGGCGGUAUCGACGGCGGUGGUCGAAGCGUGGUGAAGAGGAGAAAUUGCCCCCAGGUGUGGAUUUGGGGCCGCUGAGGACCGAUGUGAUCACUGGGGAGACGAUUAUUCAUGUUGCGGAGGAUGAAGGCGACCGGACUGUGGCGAGGCCGGAGGGGACGGCGCGGAGGACGGCGGAGCAGGAGGAUGGCGAUGGCAGGAGGAGUAUAAGAUCACUUCCACCGUACACGCGUGAGGAUCUGUGCCCUGCACCGCCGUAUCCGGUUGCACAUGAGGGCUCGGGGAGGAAGUAGGGUCCUGUGGGUUGAAUGUUGGGUAUGAUCAAUUCGUCUGGAUUUUGGGUUGGAUAUGUUCGAGACAAAUGCAAUUGAUCAGUUAGAUGGUGGGAUGUAAGCCUGUGACCUACGGGCUGAAUAUUGGGUAUGAUCACUUCUUCUGGAUUUUUGUUGGAGAGGUAUCAUGGUAUGUUCAAGAUAAAUGUGGAUUUAUUAAACGAUAGAAUGCAAGCACAUGACUUGGAACGUGCGG